AUGUCUGGUCAACUUGCAGAACAGAAUGCAAUGCCUGGAGUCAACUUGCAGAACAGAAUGCAAUGCCUGGAGUCAACUUGCAGAACAGAAUGCAAUGCCUGGAGUUGCCUGGAGUCAACUUGCAGAACAGAAUGCAAUGCCUGGAGUCAACUUGAAGAACAGAAUGCAAUGCCUGGAGUCAGCUUGCAGAACAGAAUGCAGUGCCUGGAGUCAACUUACAGAACAGAAUGCAGUGCCUGGAGUCAGCUUGCAGAACAGAAUGCAGUGCCUGGAGUCAACUUACAGAACAGAAUGCAAUGCCUGGAGUCAGCUUGCAGAACAGAAUGCAAUGCCUGGAGUCAGCUUGCAGAACAGAAUGCAAUGCCUGGAGUCAGCUUGCAGAACAGAACGCAAUGCCUGGAGUCAGCUUGCAGGAGUCAGCUUACAGAACAGAACGCAAUGCCUGGAGUCAGCUUGCAGAACAGAACGCAGUGCCUGGAGUCAGCUUGCAGAACAGAACGCAGUGCCUGGAGUCAGCUUGCAGAACAGAACGCAGUGCCUGGAGUCAGCUUGCAGAACAGAACGCAGUGCCUGGAGUCAGCUUGCAGAACAGAACGCAGUGCCUGGAGUCAGCUUGCAGAACAGAACGCAGUGCCUGGAGUCAGCUUGCAGAACAGAACGCAGUGCCUGGAGUCAGCUUGCAGAACAGAACGCAAUGCCUGGAGUCAGCUUGCAGAACAGAACGCAAUGCCUGGAGUCAGCUUGCAGAACAGAACGCAGUGCCUGGAGUCAACUUGCAGAACAGAACGCAGUGCCUGGAGUCAGCUUGCAGAACAGAAUGCAAUGCCUGGAGAACAAACGUGCUACUUUUGUGCCCUACCAACUAAGUUUGCUGUGUCUGCACAGAUUGUACCCGGUCUGUUUUGA